GCGCUCAGGCGCAGCAGCCACCAUCAUCACAGCAGCCACCAUCAUCACAGCCCUCGUCGCAGUCGUCUAUGCUGUCUGAGCGGGUGCUGGUUGAGGCGGCGGAAAUGGCAUCGGCAACGGCAUCCCCGCUGGCAACACUCGUCACCGAGCAGCACAACCGCCUGCGCUUGCUGCAGAGUGUACUGACAAACGCACAGCGCAUUGUGAAGCAGGUGGAGAAGACGCCUGUGCACAGCAGUGGUGGUGACGACAAUGAUGGCGACAAUCACAGCCAUGACAGUGCUGGCAGUGAUGCUGGCAGUGAUGGUGGCGGCGGGGGCGGUGGUGAUGAUGAUGAUGAUAUUGAUGAUGACACGGAUGUGCCAACACAAGGGGAGCCAAGCUUUGGCAACAUGUCCGGUUCUGCCCUUGAGCUGCUGUCAUCGUCACUUCUGCAUCGCGGUUGCCGCCGCAACAGCAUCAACCCCAACAACACCAGCAGCGGUGGCAAUGGCGCAAGCAGCAGUGUUGGCGGCAGCCCUCCGAAACAUUCCGCAGUGCACAACACCGCAACACCACGUGAGGCUGUUACAGAGGCACCCGAGGGUGACGUUGCGCAUAAUGCCACGACAACAGCGAGCGCAGUGGCGCUUGCGCCUGGCGAUCCGAGCCCUAAGCGAAGCAAACAAGGAGAUGCAUCACCACGUGCCACAACCCCUGGAACAACAGCGACAGAAACAGAGGGAGCAGCCGCAGCAGAGGCAGCAUCAACAACAACUGCCACCUCCACCAUGUGCACCCCGCAACACCAGCAACGACACCACCACUAUAACCACAGUUCGCAAGGGUCCGUACCAGGCACGGCGUCCACGCGCAACACGACGAUGCGAACAACCAUCACGACACCCUCGCUGUUUUCGCCCAAUCUCAGCCAGGAAACACCCUCUGCAUCACCGUCACCGCAGCCAUCACAAUUGCAACACAUGAGCGCUGACGCCACGCCCACGAAUGACCGCGUCCGUGCAAGGCGCGCACACACACGCACGCGGCGCAGUGAUGAUGAUGAUGAUGAAGAUGAUGAUGAUGACGACGACGACGAUGCUGAUGGCGAUGCUGAUGAUGACGACGACGACGAUGCUGAUGGCGAUGCUGAUGAUGACGACGACGACGAUGCUGAUGGCGAUGCUGAUGAUGAUGAUAACAUUACCCCACACCUGACACGUGCAGACAAGCAGCAACAACAACAGCAGCAGCAACAACAGCAGCAACAGCGCCCUCGCGUGCUGCAUCGGCGUCGGGGUCGACAUGUGGAGGCGCUGCCGUUCCCGCGCGAUUUCGACGACUCGCCAGCGAAACCAGCCGUGGCCGCACCAACCAAGGACAAGAAGGCGAACGGGGAGAGAGGGGAGGGAAUGUGUAACCAGGACGAUGGAGCCGGUGAUAGUGGUGAAAAGACAGGUGACGUGAGCAACAACAACACCAGCGGCAGCAGCAGCGGCAGCAACAACAACAGCAACAGCAGUCACAACACUGGUCUCACCAACAAGUGUGACGAUGCUGGUGAAGAUGCGAUGGAUCAGCAGGAGAGGAAGGAACACAAGCAGCACCAGCACCAGCACAAGCAGCACCAGCAUGGCGAUGGUGAAGCGAAGGAAGGGCAGACAGCGAAGAGGCGCAGUGAUGCCUUGCCAAACAGGACACCCGAUGCUGCUGCCACCGCAGCGCACCUGCAUUCAUUGACGACCACAGCAGCGACAGCGGCAGUGACAAAGACACCAGAGGCAAGGGUGGUGCGCAACGAGACAACAGGCGGUCAAGCAACAGAUCAGCCAGGCAUUGACGCCGUCAGAAGCACACACGCAGCGCCACCAACGCCAACAGACAACGAUAACGCGGUAUCGCUGGCCUCGUCGCUGCGUGCGUUUCUGGAGUGCAUCGAGUCGUCUUCAUGCGUUGACAGCGGGCCGCCGGCGCUGCAGUGGCUCGGCGGCGCCGCCAACGCACGCGAGAUUCGUCACCUCUUGCACACGGCGCUGGCACACGUUAAGCUUGCACUGGCAGUGGGGGCAACACAGCCCGGCAGCGAUGGCGCCACGCACGCGAUGAUGGGUACACCUGAGGCCACGCCAUGCACCACAGCGCGGUUACGGGUGGCUGGAGCACCAGCAACACAUGCCGCAUCAGCCAUGUCUCCGCACCCACACGCAACACAGCGCACACCGCAACAGCAGCAAACGCCAGCAGCUGCAAAUUCGCCCUUCCCCCCUCUCCAUCCAACACCAAGCCUUCUCUCGCCACCGCGGCACAUGCCACUGCCAAGCCCGCUCGGGUCCAACAGCAGCAGCAGCAGCAGUGCGGCUGUUCGUGGUGGGUGGCGCUCGCGUGCUUCGCAUGGUCUGCCGGCACUGCUGUUUGAUGACGACGACAACAACACCGCCGACAGUGCGCCGCAGCGCUCCGCUGGUCAGGCCACGCACCCACUCACGGACACACCCGCAGCCAUCACCUCGUCCUCGGGUGUGCGUGCACAGCACAGCGCCGGGUUGUCUCCAUUGGACGCCGCGUUGGCAGUGUGGGAUGGCGCAGAGACACGCACACGCGCAUACGGUGACAACACGCCUGGUGCCGGCGUGCUGAUGGAGGUGAACAUUGACAACGUCAGCCUUGAUCUGGGUGUUUGCGGCGGCGGCGGCGGCAACAGCAGCGCACACACACGCGAAGCCGCUGCCGGCAGAGAUGCGCGGGAUUUUGGUGCGGACACGCUGUUUGCAGACGACGCUCGGAUGAUUACGGCGGAACUUGGCGAGAGCGAUGCCGGUGGGCGAAGCAGUCGGCUGAGCAUGGAUCUCUCUAUGUUCAACACGCAGCCGCUGGGCAGUGGUUUGAGCCGGGGGCCGUCGCCACCGCUGUUCCCCGUCAACGACAGCGACCUGGACCUGGCAGACUGGAUGGCUCUUGCCAUGCAAGAGCCGCCUGGGGAAGCAGACACCACUGUUGCCGCUGCUACUGCUGCACACAGUAAAGCGGGAGGAAGCACCGCAGCCACGAGCAACGGCAACAGCGACCAGGGCAGUGCCACUGCACAAGAUGGCGAUGGUGCCCGGGACAGCGACAACGACGACGGUAGCGCUGGUGAUGCUGCCACUGAUACUGACGAUGAUGAUGGUGACGAUGAUGAUGGUGACACUGGUGACGGGGCGGGUGUCUCAGAAGAGCGGAGGCGCUUGAAGAUGAACGGAGGCAAGUUCCCCUCCUCACCGCCCGCCACCAAAGACAAGACGUCUCGCCGCUCACCGGUUCGGCGGAGUCGGCGGUCCAACAAAGGCCGUCGCUACUCCUUGUGGGUCGCUGGUGACGAUGUUGUCGACCUCACACAGUCACCGGACAAUGAGCCCACCACUACCUCAGUCACACCCGGCAGCAAGGGCAGCAAGGGCAGCAGCAGCAGUGGCCAGAAGAAGGCGAGAGGUGCUUCUGCUUCGACAGCAAGUUCAUCUGCAAGGAAGGCCAGUCGCUCGGCGAGCAGGACGGCCGCAACCUCCGCGGACCACGGCCACGACAAUGCUGCCGAUGCUGAUGAUGACGUCGUUGUUGUUGUGGAGGAAAGCUCGAGCAGUACCAACAGCAGCAGCACCGCUAGUGGCCGCAGCAGCAGCAGCGGUAGCGGCAGUAGUGGCGGUGAUCGUCAUGUGCAGAAGACGAAACUCACCGGCAAGGCAGCGCUCGGCAAGCAGAUGGCGAUGGAGCGAGCGCGCGCGCAUCCGCAGCGCCGCCGCUCAGGACGCCAGACAGAUAAGGUGGUCGAUGAAAAGGGCACGCCGCGUGGUGGAAAGCAAGGCAACGGCGGGGCUGGGAAACCGAGUGCAGCCAGCACGCCCAGCAAACAGCGCCAGUCCGGACAGAGCAAGCGACAGAGCAAGCGCCAGCGGCAGAGGCAGAGGCAGAGGCAGAAACAACGGCAAAGCCAGCAGCAGCGCGUGGAGUUGAGGCCAUUGCACGAGCAGCGCGCGUUUGAGAAUGAGUCAGACAACGAUGACGCCAACGAUUACGGCGCUGACGGCGGCGCACAGCAGGAGGAGGAGGAGGAGCCGCAGGACGGCUUUUUCGAGGUUGAACGGAUCUUGCGCUACGUCAUUUUCGCUAUGGAUGACACAGACAAGCCGGGCCUUUUCUAUGAAGUCAAGUGGAAGGGGUACCCUUCAUCGGACAAUACGUUUGAGACGGAUGAGAAUGUCUGCAACGUUGUUCCAAGACGACUGCGCCAGGCUGCGCUCGAAAUGUUUUCGUUUGCAGAAUCGCAGUGGCAAACGAAGAUGCAAGAGCGUGACGGCAACAAGAAGACCUAAUGGAUUGUACUUUACUUGCUGUAUUGUGCUUGUGUCUGUGUGUCUGUGUCUGUGUGUGUCUGUGUGUGUGUGUCUGUGUGUGUG